GCGGUGCGCCGCUGCCGGCAUCUGCAGCAAGUUGUGCGAGUGGCGGCCGGCCGGCUGCAGCAGCCGGGCAGUGCAGUGCAGUGCAGUGCAGUGCAGUGCAUUGAUGGUCGUUCAUGCUCAGAUCCUGCUGUUGCACCCAGUAAUUGCUGCAACCAGUCAGGAUCCACACGCCCGGCUCUGCCCAGCGUUGCUAUGUUUUAUUUUUUGAUCUGCUUCUGAUUGCGGCUUUUCCUCUGGUCCUUGGGAUUUAACUCUCCCCAUCCAUCUGGAUAAAGCAGAGCAGCAUCAGGUGUAGUCUGUGGUUCCUCACACGUCCUCGCUUACUGUGUGUGGCAUCGUUGAAGCCACGCAUUCCGGAAGACCAUCUGGUGCAACCGCUGGGUAUUAAUUGAUGGAAGACCUGGUGUUGGGGAACGUGAUGGAUUUUCUGUGCUGCAUUAGACGAUCGUUUUCCUGUCACUUACUGUAACUGAAAGCUGAUCUCCGAUCUCCAGUGAACGCUGUCUAUCAGCUGAGUCCCGGAGGUUGAUACUGAUCUGUCCGGUGUAGGCGGCAGCUGAUUAGAAGAUGACAGAGUACAAGCUGGUGGUGGUGGGGGCAGGUGGUGUCGGCAAGAGUGCCCUGACCAUCCAACUCAUCCAGAACCACUUCGUGGAUGAAUACGACCCCACGAUCGAGGACUCCUACAGGAAGCAGGUGGUCAUCGAUGGGGAGACGUGUUUGUUGGACAUUCUCGACACGGCCGGGCAGGAGGAGUACAGCGCCAUGCGAGACCAGUACAUGCGGACCGGGGAGGGCUUCCUGUGCGUCUUUGCCAUCAACAACACCAAAUCGUUUGAAGACAUUCACCAGUACAGGGAGCAGAUCAAACGGGUAAAGGAUUCCGAUGACGUUCCGAUGGUUCUCGUGGGGAACAAGUGUGACCUUCCGUCGCGGACGGUGGAGACGCGGCAAGCGCAGGACCUGGCCCGGAGCUACGGAAUUCCUUACAUCGAAACCUCGGCCAAGACCAGACAGGGCGUGGAGGAUGCAUUCUACACUUUGGUCCGAGAGAUCAGUCAACACAAAGUGAGGAAGUCGAAUCCUCCGGACGAGAGUGGUCAGGAUUGCAAUAACUGUAAAUGUGUGAUAUUGUGACCAGGGUCGUGGGAGCAGUGGACGGUUUCCCCAGCUCUGCGCCGAUGUGGAGCAGGGGACAGAACGGGAGCUGGCGGGGGUGGGGGGGCAGGGGGAGGACGGGUGGUCUGGGGUGGGCGCUGGGCUCGGUCUGGGACCCUGUCCCUACUGCCCCCCACCCCCGAGAGUGGGCUCACCCCCACGCCCAUCAUCACAUGAUUACCCCACCAGUGUCGGCUGUGACCGCCCCCCCCAGUCCCACAACAGAGACCCUCCCCCACCCCGUACAGAGACACCCCCCCCCCCCCCCCGCAUGUCCAGCUGUGGUUUGUCCGCUGGAACUGGCCACCCCCUUGUCUGUGUGGGGGGGGGGGGGGUGGUGCAGGGAUGGAGGGGGCAACGGGAUGUUGGUGGGGGUCGUUCCCUGGGCCUUAGACCAGUCUGACCCUGGGGGAGGGGGGGGUGGAAACCUUCCCCCCCCCCCCCCCCCCCCCCAGGACACAGGCCGGGGUGCCCACUCUGGGUGGGGGCACCCUCCCUGACCCCCACCCCCUCUGGGGCCCUCCCCUCGUUCUCCGGGGAGGGUCUGCAAGGGUCUGCCACACACUGUCCACCCCACUCCCCCUUGUCCCUUUCAUUGCCAAACGGAGCCCUGGGAGGGGCCCCCCACCCUCAGUAUUGGUCUUGCUGCCAGCCUGACCCCACCCCCCGGUAUUGCCUGGGAUCCUCCCUAACCUGAUUCUCCCCCCCCCCCCCCCCCCCCCCCCCCCCAACAACCCGGGCUGGUGGGGAGGGCUGGAGGGUGGGCUGGGGGCAGGGGGUUCCCAUCUCCCACUGCCUCCAGUCACUUGGGUGCCAUUGUCCAGGUGACCAGACCCUGAGCCAUGAGCCGGGAGAGCCCAGGUCUGGCUCCCUGGUGCCCUUGCCCCGAGCCGGCUGCCCCCCCCCCCCCCCCACUUUAUUUAACACGUU